UGUCAGAUGGCACUUUGUUGUCAUUUGUCACUGUCACAAUUCUCAACCGUUGCCAAAACAAAAGGGCUUUGGAUUUACAGUAAAAUUUUUUUAUGAUAUACAUAAGAAAUGAAUCAUAACCAGAUGAAUAUGCACGUGCCUAUGAACCCUGUGGUUGCGGCACCGAAUGUAGGUAUGCAAAUGCCAGUACCAGGUCCCAUUAUGCAGCAGCAAUCACCGCAACAAAUGCAACCUGCUAUGCCACAACAAACUCAACAGGACAAAAUGGAUAACAUAUCUAAAGUAAAGACCCUAAUGGGAUCAUUACGAGAAUCUAUACCGAUGACACUUAAAUCAGCUGCUCAAAUACUACAUCAAAAUCACAACAUUGAUUCAAAUUCACAAAAAGGUAUUGACAACCCGGUGCCUAGAUUUGACAAGAAUUUAGAAGAGUUCUUCUCAAUCUGUGAUCAAAUGGAAUUACAUUUGAGGACGGCGAUAACUUGCAUCCAGCAAGCGCAGUCGGCAGCUCAUUACCUGCCACUGUCUGUAAUACCAUCCAGGCUAGACUCGGGCCCAACGACACAGGAAACCAGCUACCCCCAAUAUUUGAAGACUGUAGGGCUUCAGAUCUCGUACGCGAAGGACAUCCACGACACACUGGUGGCGGCGGCUCAAAACAUAUCGCCCACCGAAUGAUAAUUAAUUAUUACGAUAAUUAAGUUAAGUUUAAAAUAAUAUAGAAUUAAUAUAGAAUUUUUAUUUUAAA